AUGAAGCCCGCGUCGCCUUCUGGCAGGGCUUUUUCCUUUUUCUCGUGUUUUUCUAUAGCAGAAGAAAGCCCCACGGAAGGUUUUGACCUCACAUUGAGUGAAAAGAAGGUUUCCGCUUGUGCUCGGCCGUUGAUCUCUGUCUACUCCGAGAAGGGGGAAGCAUCAGGCAAGAAUGUCACCCUGCCCGCCGUGUUCAAGGCCCCCAUCCGGCCCGACGUGGUGAACUUCGUGCACACCAACCUGCGCAAGAACAACCGGCAGCCCUAUGCGGUCAGCGAGCUGGCAGGUCACCAGACCAGUGCUGAGUCCUGGGGUACUGGGAGAGCAGUCGCUCGUAUUCCCCGAGUGCGAGGAGGGGGAACUCACCGCUCCGGCCAGGGUGCCUUUGGCAACAUGUGUCGUGGGGGCCGCAUGUUUGCCCCCACCAAGACCUGGCGGCGCUGGCACCGGCGGGUGAACAUCGCGCAGAAGCGUUACGCCAUCUGCUCCGCGCUGGCCGCCUCCGCCCUUCCCGCGCUGGUCAUGUCCAAAGGCCACCGCAUCGAAGAGAUCCCAGAACUUCCUCUGGUUGUUGAGGACAAAGUUGAGAGUUACAAGAAAACCAAGGAAGCUGUUCUGCUUCUUAAGAAGCUGAAAGCUUGGAAUGACAUCAAAAAGGUUUAUGCCUCCCAGCGGAUGCGGGCGGGAAAGGGUAAAAUGAGGAAUCGCCGUCGCAUCCAGCGCCGGGGCCCCUGCAUCAUCUACAACGAGGACAAUGGCAUCAUCCGAGCUUUCCGGAAUAUCCCAGGAAUUACUCUUCUCGAUGUGAACAAGCUGAACCUGCUGAGACUUGCUCCUGGUGGCCACGUUGGGCGUUUCUGCAUUUGGACAGAAAGCGCCUUCCGCAAGCUGGACGACCUGUACGGCACCUGGCGCAAACCUGCCACGCUCAAGAGUGACUACAACCUGCCGAUGCACAAGAUGACCAACACGGACAUUGGGAGAAUCAUGAGGAGCCAGGAAAUCCAGAAGGCACUGCGUGCUCCUAAGAAGAAGAUUCGCCGUAGAGUCCUGAAGAAGAAUCCACUGAAGAACCUGAGAAUCAUGAUCAAGCUGAACCCCUACGCCAAAACGAUGCGUCGCAACACCAUCCUGCGCCACGCGCAGAACCAUAAACUUAAGGAAGAGAGGAGAGAAAAGGCCAAGGCCAAGCUCGCUGCCAAGGUCCCAGCUGAGCCCAAGGCAGAGCCUGCAGCCAAGAAAGCCAAGACUGCAGCCAAGGCCAAGGUGGAAGAGCUGGCUCUGCAGUCCAUGAUCAGGUCCAGGGAGGAGAAUGUGACAGUCUCUUCAUCAGCUCUUGCAGAGGAGACUCAAAAAACUCUUGGGCAGAUGGACAACGAGGCUGCUAUCAAUCAAACUGAAUUACACCUAAGUCUUCAAGAUCAUGAAGAGGAGGAGGAAGAGGAGGAGGAAUCAGAUUCUUGA